AAGCAGACGAAAACGAAGAGGAAGUCAAUACGAUUCAAUCUGUUGUUGGAUUGGUGAUAAGGGAGGGGCAAAGUGAGGGUUUCCUAUUCCAUUCCCCCAAAUCCCAAUCCGUCUCUCCUUUCCCUGACCCGAAAGGAGACCCAAUUCCACCUUCAUUCUUCUUCUUCUUCAGCCUUCUCCCUUUUUCUUGGGCGAAGGCGUAGAGGGAAGAAGUUCUUUUUUUUUUUUUUUGUAGGAUUAGAAUUUUUUGGGACGUAUUAUAUAAAUUCGCCCACAGAACAAAGGGUUUGUCUCGACGAUGGCGACCCACGGUGUGUCAGCAGCUGACGUUGUCUCGACGCCGGAGAUGGCUCCUGCUUACCUGUCAAUGGUGGACCCUUUUCUCGUUGAAGCUCUCCAAAACCCUCGCCAUCGUCUCACCAUUCUGCGGAUGGAACUCGACGUUCAAAAGUUUUUGCAAAAUCCAGAUUUGGAACAGUUUGAGUUUCCACACUUCCCUACUUCUUAUCUUCGUCUUGCAGCGCACCGAGUUGCUCAACACUAUGGGUUGCUGACUAUGGUGGACAAUGUUGUUGAUGGUCAGGGAACUCGUAUUUUGGUGAGGAAAAAGGUUGAUACUAAAUACCCGACACUCUGUUUAUCUGAUGUUCCACCCAAACAAUCAGAGAGUGACAAACUGGAUCAGAAAAAAAUUGUAUUACGACCAAGGCCUAGUAGAGCUUUGACAGGACAAAGUGGUGAAUUGGGAGCCAAGCACAGUGCUAUAAGAACCAUGGAAGAGAGAAAGGAGGAAUAUGAUAGGGCACGGGCACGUAUCUUUAACGGUCCAAACAAUUCUGAACCAGAAGAUUCAUUAGUUCACGGUGCUUCUGAUGGGAGGGACAGCGUGGAUGAAAAUGACUAUAUAAAGAGCUCAGUUCUGGAUUUGGAGAAAAUUUUCCGCAGCAGGGAAAAUAGAACUGCUUCUCGUGUAGCCAUUUUUAGGGACAGGGAGAAGGAUCUUACUGACCCUGAUUAUGACCGAAGCUAUGAAAGAUAUGUUAAGAAUAUUCCAGUGAAUCAGAGCUUUAACAUGACACCAUUCAGCAUUCAGAAGUUCCAGCCUCCAUAUGUGCAAUACGAUUCUGGUUUUCCUGUGCAGGGCCAAAUGCCCGGGACUCCUGCUUCGUUUAACUAUAGCAACCCAGUACCGAACCCUUACUGUGUGAUGGGAGGAUUAAAUCAAAUGUCUACCGAUGCUGCUGUCAACAUGCAGUGGCCUACCCAGUCUAUGAUGUAUGCACAUUCAUACGAGCAACUUAGGCACGUUGCUUUUCAGGCCCCCUUUUAUCAGCAGCCUCUAAGUUUUGAUUACUCUCAACACCAUUCCUGACGACUACAACUGUCUCUUCCAUGGAAGGAGAAUGUCUGUCUGUAUAAGAGGACACAGUAUUUUUGCCACCUUUAGUGUUGUCUUAUUUUAGGACCAUUGUAUAACACUGACUCACAAACUGCUAUUAUUCUCUAUUACUAUCUUUUGCUAUUGUUUCUGGGAUUUAUUCAAUGGACCUGCUUACUCUUA